AGAUGGAAAGGGAAGGAGGAGCAGAGGAGGAGGUGGAGAGGAUCAAAACAAGGGGGUGGAGUGUUUAGCAGUACAAUAAUGAGGAGAGACGGUGAGUAGGUACAGAUCAGACAAACACACAGAGAGUACAAACAGUGGCUCUGAAUUCAUGACAUGGAAACCAAAAUCAUCUACUUCACGGUGAACGGAAAACCGGAGCAAGCCGAGUUCCCGGUGGAUUGUCCUGCACAGGAUGUCAAAGAUCUGUUCCGAGCUGCAGCCGAGGCCGGACCCCACGACAUCCUGAAGCUGUACAACCCCAAAGGUAGCAUCAUCAACAUCUCCCAGAACCUGGAGCCCAACAUCUCGAGCUCAUGCUACAAGCUGGAGGUGGUGGCUGCAGACUGCAACACCAACUUGGAACUUUGCACAACCUCAUUGAUGCUGUGUGAUGUCAGGCUGCAGGGCCUGGAGAAGAAGAUCCUGAUCGAGGCCGGUGAGACUCCUGCAGUCGUGUAUGAGAUGAAGAAACAGGUGGAUUCAUUCAGAGAGAAACUAGAGAGUGUGGAGCACCUGAGCUGGCUGGGACUGUUUAAAGACCUUUCGGAGGGAACGCACAAACCCUCCCCGUUCUACCACAAGAGAUCUCUGCAUAAAACCAGGAAAGAGUGUGAGCAUGUCCGGGAAAAGUUUCUUCAAAUGAGCUCCCUGGAGGUAUCCGAGGAAGUGAGGCAGUAUUUAAAGACUCCAACCUUUGACAACUGGCAGUGGGAGGAUGCAGAGAUCAUGGUGCUCCUGCAGGUCAUGUACACAGAUUUAGAUUUCAUCGCCACGUUCAACAUCGAGCCCGAAGUGCUGCAACAGUUCCUGUUCAAAGUUUAUCGACGAUACAACAACAUCCCUUUCCACAACUUCAAGCACUGCUUCUGUGUAACCCAGAUGAUGUAUGGUUUGAUCUGGCUGACUGACCUGAGGAGCGAGAUGGACAGCAUCGACCUACUCAUCAUGUUGACCUCUGCCGUCUGCCACGACCUUGACCACACAGGAUACAACAACGCCUAUCAGAUAAAUGCUCGGACCGAACUCGCUCUCCGCUACAACGACAUCUCUCCCCUGGAGAACCACCACUGUGCUGUGGCGUUUGAGAUACUGGAGAAGUCAGAGAGCAACAUCUUCAGAAACGUCUCCAUGGAUCAAUACAAGAGGAUAAGAGAAGGCAUCAUCAAAUGCAUUCUGGCCACUGACAUGACGAGACACAACGAGAUCCUCAACAAGUUCAAGUCCAUCCUGCCAGUUUUUGACUUCACUAACAAGGACCACAGAGACGUGCUGAUGAUGAUCCUGAUCAAAGUGAGCGACAUAUCCAAUGAGGCGCGGCCUAUGGAGGUGGCUGAGCCCUGGCUGGACUGUCUCCUGCAGGAAUUCUACAACCAGAGUGACAUGGAGAAGCUGGAGGGUCUCCCAGUCACCCCCUUCAUGGAUCGGGACAAAGUGACCAAACCUUCAUCUCAAACAGGCUUCAUCAGAUUUGUGCUGCUGCCUCUCUUCAUCGAGCUGGCAAACCUCUUCCCCUGCCUCGAGCAACACAUCAUCAACCCGGUGAGGAAGGCUCUGGAUUACUACACAGAGAUGGAGAAAGCCCUGGAGAGAGAGAAACAGAACCGCGCUCAGAGCGAGAACACAGCCAAGAGUAAGGAGACGUCUGUGGGCUCACAGAGCAGAGCCAACAGCCUGACUGAUGAUCGACCUGAGGCCUCCAAAGCAGACACACUGUGAACCAAACAGACAUAGUUUAAAUAGUAAGAACUGAGCUGGGCAUCAUUAUACAACAAUUAUUAUUUUAAAGUUUUGAUUUAUUGAUGUAUUUGAACCACAUAAAUCUGUACUUUAAGGAGUAUAUUUAAUAUGAUCACUGCUGUCUCAGUUGGAUUUGUGUACGCAGUAACAAAUGAAUAAAACAAGAUAAUAAAACAAAAAAAGACAGUGUCUGAAAAAGAGUAGGAAGAAGUUAAACUUAUAUACCCCUACCCCUCUCUCACAUUUCUUCUAUUAGUUUAUAAAUGAUGCUCACAAUUAUUUACAACUUCAACAAACGUAUCCUCAGUUUGUUUGCACCUAAAAUAAAUAAAUAAAUAACAAUCCCAUAGGAUUACCCCUAAAACAACUUUUCCUCUUGAAAAAAUCUGUUUUUGUAUGUUUUUUUGAAUUGAUUAAUAUUUGUGUUUUGUUUCAGCUCCUCACCUCGUACCCUGACAUACUCAGACUCUUCUUAGUUAUACGAGCACAUUGUUGUUGUUUUUUAAAUUAAAUUUGCGUCUUAUAUCAGGACCCCCCUCUCUGUCAAAAAAUAAUCUUUAUGAAUGUCGCCCGUAAGUGAAUUAUUUCUUGCUUUAAACAAGAUUAUUGCAAUUUUCAAUUUGACCAGAUCGAUACAUUUCAGAGCAUGUGACUUUAAAAACAGUGUGUUAGUGUGUUCCCUAAACCCUACACUGUGUACUAUCCUGAUCGCUCUCUUUUGAAGUAUGCACAAUGAUUGU